AUGCCAAGGUCAGUCUGCAGCUCAACAAAACACGUACAUACAACACGCGAACAUCAGGUGCACUGCGUGCGAGCCAUGGCCGCGCCAGCGUCAGCCGUGCUCCCGCUCGACGGCCGCGUCGCGCUCGUCACCGGCGGCUCCCGCGGCAUCGGCCGCGAGGUGUGCGCCCACCUCGCCUCCCUCGGCGCGCGCGUCGUCAUCAACUACGCCUCCAACUCCGCCAACGCCGACGCCUUCGCCGCCGAGCUCAACAGCGCCUCCCGCGGCGGCGGCGGAGGCCCGGUGGCGGUGGCGGUCCGUGCCGACGUGUCCGACCCGGCCGCCGUGCGCGCGCUGUUCGACCGCGCCGAGGAGGCGUUCGGCUCGACGCCGCGCAUCGUGGUCGCCUGCGCGGGCCUCCUGGAGCCCAAGUACCCGUCGCUGGCCGACACCACCGUCGAGGACUUCGACGCCAUGUUCGCCGUCAACGUGCGCGGGACGUUCCUGGUGUGCCGGGAGGCGGCCAACCGCAUCCCACCCGCCGGCGCCGGCGCCGGCGGCCGCAUCGUGACGUUCUCGUCGUCCAUCCUCGGCACGCUCCUGCCCGGGUACGCGGCGUACACGGCGACCAACGGCGCGGUGGAGGCGAUGACGAAGAUCCUGGCCAAGGAGGUGGCGGCGAAGGGCGUCACGGCGAACGUGGUGGCGCCGGGCCCCGUGCGCACGGAGCUGUUCAUGGCCGGGAAGGACGAGGCGUUCGUGAAGAAGGUGGCGGAGCGCUCCAUGGGGCGCAUCGCCGAGACGACGGACGUCGCGCCCGUGGUGGCGUUCCUCGUCAGUGACGCCGCCGCCUGGGUCAACGGCCAGGUCAUCAGGGUCAACGGCGGCUUCGCCUGAGCGCGGCUCUCUCCCAUAUAUACGCUGGUGUAUAUUUUUGGAGUGUUGAAAUAAGAGGAGCUUUGGCAUGAAGUGUGGCAGUCGUGCAGUGACAUAAUAAGAUAUGAGUAUUAAUGUAUGUUUGUGUAAUAAUAUAAUGUCCAGUGAGCAAUAAUACCCUCUAGUGUGUACUUUGGAUGUAUAUUUAAG